CUGCUAUAUACUGGGGGAAAUCUUUUGGCAAAGUAAUAAUAGUAAAAAGGAACGGCUUCUCGUUAUUUCCGGACUGUAGAAGAAAAUCAAUGAUGAUUCAUGAGGUUAUGAGAGAGGAGGAACGAGAUGUUUAUUAUAGAGGGGAAGUGUUCUGAAAUCCGUGCUGUGUGAUGUUCAUGGGGUCCCAGCAAUUGUUGCAACAUUCGACAGAUUUCCCAGGACCUCUGUUUUCUCUACUCCCGAACGAUGCUACUUGUCUGGAUUCAUAUGAUGGUGGAGGUGGGGAGGGGGGAGAGCCGAGCAUUGGUAGCGGGAGUAGCGCCACCUCGACAGGCACCAAUUGCCCCACAUGGAGGAAGAUGAGUACCGCACUCCCCAAUCCCAAUAACACUAAAUCCAAGAACAAGAAGAAACCCUCCGAGCACGGGAAAUCAUCUUCACAAGCGAGUAAGUGCCAGAACGAGAAGAAGCGCCGAGAACAGGAAAAUGUGUACUACGAGGAAUUGGCAGAGCUGGUGACUAAUCUUAUGGAAGAUAUGAACACGCGGUCGGUGAAACCUGAUAAAUGUGCCAUCCUUCAAGAAACCGUGAAUCAGAUUCGUCAGAUCAGGUCUCAAGAACCUGGGGAUGGGGAUGCAGCUGUUCAGCAAGGAGAAGUGUCCUCAUCUAAGCCUGCUAUUUUAGGCAAUGAAGUUCUGGGUCCUCUCCUUCUUGAAGCUUUGGAUGGAUUCCUCUACAUAGUGAACACAGAGGGGAAAGUGGAAUUUGUCUCUGACAAUGUGAGUCAGUUUCUACAUUACACUCAGGAGGAAUUGUGUGGAAAGAGCAUUUACAACAUUUUACAUCAUGGAGAUCAUGGACGCUUCUCUUCCUACCUCCUUCCUGCUGCCAUUGGUUGGACCUCUUCUGAAACUUCAUCCCAAAGCAAGAAUCGUCUGUUCAAUUGUCGUUUUUUGGUGAAACCUGUGGAUGACUCUGAAGAAGAUCUUGGUGAAAUGGGGACACAUUCUCAUGGAGAGAAACUAGGUGCUACAGCACCUGGACCAAGUACUCCGAGUGCCCCUGUGUAUGACAACAUGCAAAUCACUGCCCAUCUGUUGCCAUUCAGAGGUGACCAUUCUGGUCCACACAAACGCCACGAUUCCAGUGCCUCCAGUCCCUCAUCACCCAGCAACCAGCCUGAUCUCAGCCCUCCAGAUACCUCUGGGGAAUCCCAGAACUACUUGCUCUGCAUUGUUCGAAGGAUACCUCCCUCUGAGAAGUCUCAGGGACCAACAGUGGAGCAGUUCACUACCCGUCUGGACAUGACAGGGAAAAUCAUGAAUAUUGACACAAGUGGAGUUUCUUCAACUUACUCACAAUACCUCAACAAGGCUCUCAUUGGGUGUAUGAUUCAAGAACUGUGCCAUCCCAAUGAUGUUACAAAGCUGGCUAAUCAUUUGAAAGAAGCACUGACUCAAGGAGGUGCUAUAUCUCCUGUUUAUCGCCUUCGGGUGGCUUCUGACAAAUACCUACAUGUCCAAACAAAGUCAAAGCGCUUUGCUCAUAAUCCUGUUACUCAUGAACAGGAAUUCCUCAAUGCCACACAUACAGUGAUCGGAGAUCCAGACAUGUUGAAAGGACAAGCAGGUCAAGUUGCAGGGAUGUUAGGAGAAGCAUCAGCACUUAUGGCAGCUGUACCUGGUGUUUCUAAUCCUCGUCCUGGGCCAUCAUUGCAGUUGAAUGGCCCAUCAACCAGUUCUUUCAAUGUUGGUAGUACAUCAGUAAUGGUGAACAGCAAUGUAGCUGGGACAUACUCAAAUCCUAGCAGUGUUGGGAGUGCAGGACGUCACACACCAGCUGCCCCAAUGGGUCCUGAACCUGCCAUUACCAUGACACCCCCAUCUAACACAGUCAGCUUUUCCACAUCGUUUGAGUUCUCCUUAGGAGAACUGAGCUUUGAGCCAAUGCCUUGGGACAUGGAAUCAGUCCCUAGUUCUCCUCAGCAGGAGACCAAAGCAUGGGGUUCAGGAAAUCCUCCUCUGUCAGCAGCUAUGAUACGUCCCAAUUCCAGGCAGAGUUCAAAUGCUGCAACCCCUAGGCCUCCAAGUGAAUCUGGUUUUAGUCCUUCAGAUUACCUGAGCUCACAAUCCCCGGCUGGCCAUCCACAGACUCCAUUUGGGGCAGGCUUCGCCUUCUCACCCAUCCAGGAAAUGAAUUCCAUGGAACGCUUGAAAGUGAGCAGUGCAGCUUUAGAUACAAGUGACAAGGAUGGAGGUGGAGAACGUGUCACCAAGAGUGCGGGUAAUAGUUCUGUGGUGGCUGAAAGUGCAGACAGUAACACAGGUUCUGGACGGCUUCGUGACCUCUUGACUCAACCUCCAUCAAGUGUGGACAGUGCAAGUGAACGUGAUGGAAGUGAAGAGUCCAGUCGAAACCCCUCAGGUGAUGAAUCCCGGAAUCACAUUCUGAAGGUGCUUUUGAGACAGGAAGAUGACGAUGGUUUAAGAGAACAAGAAGGUGUUGGGAAAGGAAGUGUUGGACCUGGAACACCUGGAAGUCAUCGAGAGGGUAUUGGAGGAGGAAGUCAAGGAGCUCCUAGUCGUAUUGGAGGAAGUCUAAAUCCUUCCCCACUCAGUAAUUCAUCCAUGGAGUAUCGAAAUCAGGCUGGACCUCACAUGCUACUCAAGCUCUUGAAUGAGAAGAGUGAGGAGGAAGAGGGUGGCCGAGGGGGCACAAGGCAGCCCAAUCAGAUCCUCUCUCGUCUCCUCAAGGAAGAUGAGGAGAGGUCCUCCUCACAUGAUACACAAACAGUGGAACACCUGCUGCAGUUGAUACAGGCCUCAGAAGAAGGCCCAGUGAGUGGGAACAGUGAUGGUGCAUCAGGAGCCAACGGGGAAGGAACUCCACAAAGAGGUACCAAGCGGCCAGCUGCUCCUAAUGACUGGUCUUCUCAUCCUCAGUCCCCUUCCACAGCUCCUCCACCCUCAAAAAUACCCACAAUGGAACUGUCACCUGCUUCUGUUGGGAGUGGAUCUGGAGGUAGUUCUGGUGGAAGUGUCAGUGUUGGUCCUGGUGGAAAUUCUGCAACUACCAAGAGCUCAAUUUACAAUCGCAACAAGAUGCUUGUUGCCCUUCUCUCUCGACAACCACUUCAGUCAUCCUCAGUGCCUACAUCUGUGGCACAACCUAAGGUUUCCCAACUGCCUCAGGAAAAGUUGCCAAAAGAUCUUAGGGAGAAAAUUAUUUCAACUCCUUCUUCCUCUGGGAAUCCACACAGUGCUCCCAAUGUCCUCUAUUCACCUGUGGCUCCUCUUUGGACACAGGGUUCAACACCUCGACAGCCAUUCCCAUCUUCUUCUGUCAAUGUUACUGCCUCAGGUGGUUUUUUGCAAAAUCAAGUUGGAGGAGGUGGGAUGCCUCGUGCCAUUGGGCACAUUGGCCAAAGGACACUCACAGUUGCUCAGAGUCAGGCUCAGUCGUAUUUGAAUGCCAUUUUGAAUCAGCCUCUGAGUGAUGGAGGAGUUCGAACUUCCACUCCCAGUUCCCAGUCCUUUCAGAACAUUCACACUCAGGUGUCCUCAAGUGGCUAUAGCUCAGAAUCUACAAGCAGCAGUAUAUCUACCUCAGUUGGAAGCAGUCAGCCUCAGCCAGAUACCUCAACAUCAAUAGGGGGGGGUAUGGCAGGAGCUGAACCUUCAUCAUCUCAGCAACCACAUUCAGACCCUCUCCUGUCUGAGAUAUUGGAUCAAGUUUUCUCUCUUCAGCAAGAACUCAACUAUCAAGGAGGUAGUGAUGAGUCUGCAAGUUUAUUGAAGAUGUUGGAUGAAGUAUUGGAGCCAUCUUCAACAUCUUCUGUGGUGACAGCAUCACCUGCAUCCAGCACACUGGGCCUUGGACUGGGGAUGGGAUCACCAUCUAGUGUUUCUCAUGUUGGUCCAGAUGAAAGGCAUGCCAUCUCAAUCAUCCAGAAAUCUCUCAUGUCACUCGAAGGCAGCGUCACUACCUCCACCCCUACUCCUUCCUUCUCCAUGAACUCCGGCCAGCUGCCCACAAGUGGGACUGUGAGUGGAUAUAAUUCUGCUCCUCCACCAAACUAUCCUCAACAGAGGUUCCCUCGAGCACAGGGACAAUUUCACAUUUCUGGUGUCCCUGACUCCAGUCUCAGACAGAAUCCAUCAAUACGAAGUGCUGUAUCACAGCAACAAGCUCACCAGCAGCAACAUCAAGCUCACCAGCAGAGGAUGAAGUUCCUCCAAGAACAGCAGGCACGGCUGUAUCGUCAGCAGGCCAAGCAGCAAGUUCUCAUGCCAUCUUCAUCUCCAUCACCUGGAGCAGAGCAUUCUUUCACCUCUUUGGAUGAUCUCGUCAACAAUUCCAUCCCUCCAAAUGUCACCGUCCAACGAUCAAGCAGUAUGCCAGAUUCACAACUUAGUCCAAGUUAUGCUACGACGAGUGUGAGCAGGGAGGCAGGAAGGGUUUUAGGUCCAUCACCCUCACAGAUUUCCCCUAGUAACCGAGUUGGUGUAGGAACUGCACCUUCUUUCUCUCCAACCCACUCCUUUUCCACACAAGGGGGGAACUUAGGUACAUUUAGUGGGGGCACAGGAGGUAGUGGCAAUGUUGGAGGGGGUGGUGGAGUUGGUGGAGGUGGAGCUCAAGCUAGGAUCUCACCUGCCUAUAAUCCUCAGCUAUCACCCCGAGUUGUUCAGACAUCCCAGGGAAGCUAUGGUGGGUUGUCAAGUCCUUCACCAGGAGGGCUGAGUCAAGUUUCUCCAUCAAGUCCCAGUCCCCGGAGCUCAUGGUCUCCUCGGCCACCUCCUGGUCCCAUUCAGCAGCAGAAUCCAAUGCUCAAUGCUCAGCUGUCAUCUGUUAAGUACUUUGAGAAAGAAAUUUUGCAAUCCCAGGCACCAAGCACUCCUGGCCCUAGAUACCCUGGUACAGGAGGAAAUCCAGGCCGUCCCCCAAACUUAGUCAGUCUCCCUCGUGGUGGAACAAGGUAUCCCGGCACUGCCCCAACCAGUUCUGCUGGUCCUCCAGAUCCCCUCAGAGCAUAUGGGCCCCAGAGGUUGCAUCGGACUCUUAGCACCCCUAGUCAAGUGGGGGCACCUCCAGGUUAG